AUGAGUCUCAGUAUAACAUUUGUAUGGGAGGGGGUAAACUUAUUGAAAAAUGAUACAAUUGAACAAAUGUCUCAAUACUGGGAUAUUGGAGAACCAAAUUCAGUUUGUAAUUAUUGUGGUGCAAUCAUGUGGUUUGAAGAAAGAGUACAAAAGCAAUAUAAUGCAACAUAUCCUAAAUUUUCUAUGUGUUGUUCUCAAGGAAGAAUUGUGCUUCCUCAUUACAAGAAAGCACCUCAACCAUUGCACGAUUUAUUUCACAAACAUGACACAAGAAGCAAAUUAUUUAUGGAUAACAUUAGAUCAUUCAAUAGUAUGUUUGCUUUCACUUCUAUGGGUGGUAAAAUUCACGGUGAAAUAAAUAAUGGCCAUGCACCUCCAAUGUUUGUCAUGAAUGGCGAGAACUAUCAUCAAAUCGGAAGUCUCCUCCCUCUUCCUGGAAGUCAGCCUAAAUUUGCUCAAUUAUACAUUUACGACACUGAAAAUGAGAUAAAGAACAGAAUGGAAGUGGUUAGAAUGGAAGACAAUGCUGCAUCACUGAAAGCCGGAAUAGUUAAUGAAAUAAAGGAUGUUCUUGACGAAUAUAAUCAAUAUUGUAAACAUUAUAGAAUGGUUCGUCAAAAAAUCAAUGAAUGUAAUGUACCAAUAUUGCGGUUGCGAAUAAUAGGUAAGAGAGGUUAUGACGGCCGGAGAUACAAUCUACCCACGACUUCAGAGGUAGCUGCAUUAAUUGUAGGUGACUUUGAUAGUGCUGAAUUUGAGAGAGAUAUCAUUGUUGAGACUCAAUCCGGAUGGUUAAAGCGUAUUUCAAUUUUGAGUUCAGCUUACUUGCCAUUGCAAUAUCCAUUACUAUUUCCUCGAGGAGAGGAUGGAUAUUGGGAAGGAAUCCAAUACAAUGAUGUAUCAAAUGCACCAACAAUAAAAAGACAAAUGGUAACUAUCAAAGAGUGGUUUUCUUAUAGAAUCCAACAGAGGGAAAAUGACUUGGCUCCAUUGUUGUUUGCUAAACGUUUAUUUCAACAGUUUUUGGUUGAUGGGUAUAGCAUGAUAGAGUCUUCCAGAUUAAAAUGGGUUCGAAACCAUCAAAAAGAAUUGAGGGCCGACAUGUAUAAAGGUCUCACAGAGGCAAUUCUAAGAGGAGAGACUGAUCCUUCAACCACAGGAAGACGAAUUGUGUUGCCGUCAAGUUUUGUAGGAGGCACGCGGUACAUGCUUCAAAACUACCAAGAUGCUAUGGCUAUUUGUGCAUGGACUGGAUAUCCUGAUUUAUUUAUUACUUUUACAUGCAAUCAAAAAUGGCCUGAAUUGGUUACAUUUUUGUCUAAAUACAAUCUAAAAUCAGAAGACAGACCUGAUUUAGUUUGCAGAAUAUUCAAGAUUAAACUUGAUCAUUUGAUAAAGGAUAUAAAGAAAGGACACUUAUUCGGAAAAGUCAAAGCAGUGAUAUACACAAUUGAGUUUCAAAAACGUGGGUUACCACAUGCUCAUAUUUUGGUAUUUCUACAUCAUGAAUUUCGAUGCGUAAAUCCCAAUGAUAUUGACAAAAUAAUUUCAGCUGAGAUUCCUGAUAAAGAAGCUGAUAUAGAACUAUUUAAAAUAGUCUCUUCACUUAUGAUUCAUGGUUCAUGCGGUGCUCAAAAUAAAAAAUCUCCUUGCAUGCAAAAUGGAAAGUGCACAAAGUAUUUCCCAAAGAGGUUUCUCGAUAACACCACUAUUGAUGCAAGUGGAUAUCCGAUAUAUAGAAGGAGAGAUAAUGGUAAUUUCAUUAAAAAAGGUGAGUCUUUUGCAGAUAACAGGUUUGUCGUACCAUAUAAUAGGCAUCUACUACUAAAAUACAAUGCUCAUAUAAAUGUUGAAUGGUGCAAUCAGUAUCGAUCUAUUAAGUAUCUUUUUAAGUAUGUCAACAAAGGGCAUGAUCGUGUUACCGCUAGGUUCUAUAAUAGUGCCAACGGAACCAAUGAUUCGGAAAUUUCUGAUGAAAUCAAAAUGUAUUAUGACUGUAGAUAUUUGUCAUCGUGUGAAGCAGCUUGGAGAAUAUUUAGUUUUGACAUUAACUAUAGAGAACCUUCUGUUGAGCGACUACCUUUUCAUUUAGAAAAUCAACAAUAUAUUGUUUACGACGAUGUUGCUCCAAUUAACCGAGUUAUCAAUAAGCCAAAUAUAGAAAAUACCAAAUUUCUGGCAUGGAUGGAAGCAAAUAAAAAAUUCGAGGAAGGAAGAAAUCUUACAUACAAUCAAUUUCCUUUGAAAUUUGUUUGGAAAGACUCUGAAAAACAGUGGUCUCCCCGUAAAAAAGGUUUCACAAUUGGUAGAGUUCAUUUUGCACCACCUGGAUCGGGUGAGAGAUAUUAUUUGAGGACUUUGCUUAAUUAUGUCAAAGGUCCACGAAAUUAUCAGGAAAUCAAGACAGUAAACAACGUGUUGUAUGAUACAUUUAAAGACACAUGUUUUGCUAUGGGUUUACUACAUGAUGAUAAAGAAUACAUAGAUGCCAUUAUAGAGUCCAGCAAUUGGGGUACAGGUACUUUUUUGCGAAAAUUAUUUGCAACCCUUUUAAUUUCAAAACAACUAUCCAGGCCAGAAGAUGUUUGGCAUAAAACAUGGCAGUAUUUGGGUGAUGACAUCUUACAUAGGCAAAGACUCAUUCUUCAACUUCCAGAUUUGGAAUUAUCAGAUGAUGACAUAAAAAGUUUAGUAUUACAAGAUCUCAAAUCAUUCUUACAGAGCAAUAAUAGGAGUUUAAGUGAUUUUCCCACAAUGCCUCAAAUAGAUGCAUCUCUUACAUCUGAAAGCCAAAAUAGACUCAUUUAUGAUGAGUUAAAUUAUGAUACACAACUUUUGGCUAUAGAACAUACUCAAUUAAUGUCAACUAUGACUGUUGAACAGAGAACAGUAUAUGACAAAAUUAUGGCACGAGUCGAAGAAAAUAAACCAGGCAUUUUUUUCCUAUAUGGGUAUGGUGGUACUGGAAAAACUUACAUUUGGAGGGCCAUGUCAGCAGCAUUAAGAUCUAAAGGAGAUAUUGUCUUAACAGUGGCAUCGAGUGGAAUUGCUGCUUUGCUUAUUCCUGGAGGAAGAACAGCCCAUUCAAGAUUCUCUAUACCGCUAGACAUUGAUGAGUAUUCCACUUGCGGUAUUGAUCAAAAUACCCCUUUAGCACAAUUGAUAGCAAAAACAAAACUCAUUAUAUGGGAUGAAGCUCCAAUGCUCCAUAAACAUUGUUUUGAAGCUGUUGAUAGAACAUUCAGAGAUGUUCUUCGAUUUUGUAAUAACGGAAAUUUAAAUAUUCCUUUUGGGGGAAAGGUUAUUGUUUUUGGAGGAGACUUCAGACAAAUUCUACCAGUUAUUCCUAAAGCAACAAGACAAGAUGUGGUUCAUGCUACCAUUAACUCCUCAUAUCUUUGGAAUUAUUGUGAAGUUCUGACGUUGCAUACAAAUAUGAGGCUACUUACUGGGAGCCCUGAUGUUGAUGUUAGACAAAGAAAAUUGUUUUCAGAUUGGGUGUUAGGAAUUGGUGAUGGAACAAUUGGAGAACAAGGUGAUGACUAUAUCACACUUGAAAUUCCAGAUGAUUUACUAAUUAAAAGUUCAACAGAUUCUAUUUCAUCUAUUGUUCAUAGCAUUUAUCCGUCAUUUUUGGAUAACAUGAAUGAUCCAUCUUUUUUUCAAGACAGAGCUAUACUUGCCCCAAAAAACGAUAUUGUUGAUAACAUUAAUGACUACAUGUUAUCAUUAAUUCCCACUGAAUUAAAAACGUAUCUAAGUUUUGACACUCCAUACUCGGCGAAUCCAGAUAUCGAUGUGCCUAAUGAUGUACACACACCCGAAUUUUUAAACACCAUUAGUGCAUCUGGCCUUCCUAAUCAUGAGUUGAAACUCAAGGUUGGAGUACCUGUAAUGUUAUUAAGAAAUAUAGAUCAAUCUUCUGGAUUAUGCAAUGGAACUCGACUAAUCAUCACAAAAAUGGGAAAAUAUGUGCUUGAAGGAAAGAUUUUAUCAGGAAGAAACAUUGGUAAUAAGGUGUAUAUACCUAGGUUGUCAUUGACACCUUCUAAUCCAAGAAUUCCUUUUAAAUUUCAACGGAGACAAUUCCCUUUGGUUAUUUCAUUUGCAAUGACUAUUAAUAAAAGUCAAGGACAGUCUUUGAAGCAUGUUGGAGUUUAUCUUCCACAGUCUGUUUUCUCACAUGGACAAUUAUAUGUUGCCAUUUCAAGAGUCACAUCAAGGAUCGGUUUGAAAUUAUUGAUAGCUACGGAUGAGGGUCAACAUACAAAUAACACAUUAAAUGUCGUUUACAAAGAAGUGUUUCAAAAUUUAAAAUAA